AUGUCUAAUUGCUCACGCUUACUGGAUGACUGGGAUUACGAUGAUGAUCAUCUUGAUUCUCUGGCUCAGAACUCGACAUCUCUUCCUGAUUCAGGGAGUCAUCUCCUCUCACCGGCAGCUGCAAAUAAUACAAAGAAGAUAUCUAUCCUUGGUAGUCUUUGGAGCUUUAAGGACAUUAACGAUGAAGUGCUGUUCCUUUAUGAGCAAUUAAUAAUCAAUAGGAAUAUUAGUGCAAACCAUACGAAUACAGAAAUUUUCAGACAGGAGCUGGCGGCACAUCGGACCGAAUUAAAAGAUAGUUCGGAAAUUAUUCUCCAUCGGGAAAAUUGCCAAGUAAAUGGAUCAUCGAGGAAAUUAAAAAGAACGUCAGCAGAACUAUUCAGUCUAUUCCCGAAGAGUGAUCCAUUCGGCCUACCCCAGAAGAAGAGAUAUCCCUCGUGUGCAAUCGUGGGAAACAGCGGUUCAAUACUACACAGUGGUUGUGGAGAACGUAUUGAUGAACACGAUUUUGUAAUUAGAUGCAACAUAGCACCAUUGACACCUUUCAAAGAAGACGCUGGUAUGAAAAGUAAUUAUAUCACAAUGAAUCCAAGUCUCUUCUAUAAAAAAUAUGGAGCACUGAAGAAAGAUGCCGACAUCAAAAAGUAUAACCAAGACAUUUCACAAUACGGCGGUAUGCUGAGUAUUCCCUGCUUUGGUAUGAAACAGGCGCAUAAUGCAAGGGCGAUCAGUUCUUUUAAAGGAGAGAAACCGACAAUUGUGUGCAUGAACGGAAAGCACUUCAGUUCUGUCCGUGACUUCUGGAAGAAGAAAGGCGUGAUAGAUCGAAAUCCUUCUACAGGUUUCUACUUGGUUUCAAUGGCCGUGCAGCUUUGUGAUGAAAUAGACCUCUACGGUUUUUGGCCCUUUUCUUCGCGACUGGGAAAUAACAAGACAAAUGUACCUUAUCAUUACUUUGACGGUAUGUCAGGUGUAAAGGCCGGAAGUUCCCACCAAAUGAACAAAGAAUUCAGCACUCUUCUCCAGCUCCAUGUUCUAGGCAUUUUAAAUUUAAACAUCGGAUCGUGUAGUUAAUGAAUAAUAUCAGCCCGUUCGUAGAUGCUAUCUGCGCAUGGACUGAUGAAUAAUUAUAAUAAUAAUUAUUAUUAUCAGACCAAUAUAUACAGCGACCCUACUAGGUAAAUAUACUCUACUGCGCUGUGAUGAAGAAAGAAAUAUACAGCAAAAACAAAACCUGCAGUGCUACUUUAAGGACACCCAACCAAAAUCGAUUUAAAAGCUUCUAAAGCAGGGCUCCCACUUAGCCGAGUUGUAGCCUCGAGUUGUGG